GACACCGAGCCCAGCCUUCUCCUCCUCCACCCCCCUAUCACGCUCGCCCUCCCUUCCCCGACACCACGGUUCGGAUUGCCCGGCAGCGGGGAAGGAAGAAAGGAGCGCAGGAGGCGGAGGCAUGGAUCCGCAGCCCCCUCCACCUGCCCAGGGCAGCCCGCCUCACCGUGGCCGAGGCCGUGGCCGUGGCCGAGGCCGUGGUCGAGGCCGUGGCCGCGGCAGGGGGGGUGCUGGAGCCCCCCGGGCACCUCUGCCCUGCCCCACGUGCGGCCGCCUCUUCCGUUUCCCCUACUACCUCUCUCGGCACCGGCUGAGUCACUCGGGCCUCCGGCCCCACGCCUGCCCCCUGUGCCCCAAGGCCUUCCGCCGGCCUGCGCACCUGUCGCGCCACCUGCGUGGCCACGGGCCGCAGCCCCCACUGCGCUGUGCUGCCUGCCCACGCACCUUCCCUGAGCCCGCCCAGCUCAGGCGCCACCUGGCCCAGGAGCACGCGGGGGGCGAGGUGGAGCUGGCCACCGAGAGGGCAGUGAAAGAGGAGCCCGAGUCCAGCCAGGGCUCGCAGGACGACGGCGUGGAGCAGCCCGGCGCGCCGGUGGCUGAGGCAGCGGAGCCGGAGGUGGCGGCGUGGCCCGAGACGUGGCCCACCGGGGAGCCCGCCCCGACGGUGACCCCGGCGAGCACCGAGCCGAGGGAAUCGGAGGCGGAGGAGGCGGAGGCCGGGGCGGCCGAGUUGCGGGCAGAGCUGGCCCUAGCCGCCGGGCGGCAGGAGGAGAAGCAGGUUCUGCUCCAGGCCGACUGGACGCUGCUGUGUCUCCGCUGCCGCGAAGCCUUUGCCACCAAGGGGGAGCUCAAAGCGCACCCGUGCCUGCGCCCCGAGGGCGAACAGGAGGGUGAAGGGGGGCCCCCGCCGCGCCCCAAGCGGCACCAAUGCUCCAUCUGCCUCAAGGCUUUUGCCAGGCCCUGGUCCCUGUCGCGGCACCGGCUGGUCCACUCCACCGACCGGCCUUUUGUGUGUCCAGACUGCGGCCUGGCCUUCCGCCUGGCCUCCUACCUCCGCCAGCAUCGCCGUGUCCACGGCCCGCUCAGCCUGCUGGCCCCGCUGCCCGGGGCAGGCAAGCAGGACGACAGAGCCUCGGGUGGACGGAACUCAGGGAAAGGGUCCGAGGGGGGCGAAGGGGCAGAAUGUGGAGGUGCCCCAGAAGGUGGAGAAGGAGGGCAGAAUGGAGGAGAUGCCACCCCAGCCCGACCCCCAGCGGGGGAGCCACGCUUCUGGUGCCCCGAGUGUGGCAAAGGUUUCCGACGCCGGGCACACCUGCGCCAACACGGGGUCACCCACUCCGGGGCACGCCCUUUCCAGUGUGUUCGCUGCCAACGGGAAUUUAAGCGACUGGCAGACCUGGCCCGCCACGCUCAAGUCCACGCCGGCGGUCCCGCCCCGCAUCCAUGCCCUCGCUGCCCACGGCGCUUCUCCCGCGCCUACAGCCUGCUGCGCCAUCAGCGCUGCCACCGGGCGGAGCUGGAACGCGCGGAGCUGGAGAGGGCUGCCGCCCUGCAGGCUAUCCAGGCCCAGGCUCAGUCACCCCAGACCCCGCCGCUGAAGCAGGAGGCAGAAGGGCUCCCCUUGUCCGUCGCACACAUCAAAGAAGAGCCACCCUCCCCUGGGACCCCACCCCAGGCCCCACCGGCUCCUCCUGUCUUCCUCAGCGCCUCCUGUUUUGACAGUCAAGACCACUCAGCCUUCGAGAUGGAGGAUGAAGAGGUGGAUAGCAAGGCCCACCUACGAGGGUUGGGGGGCCUGGCCUCCUGACCCUCACACCCGCCCUCUGCCCCUCCAGAUGAGCUCCCCGUAGGAGGAGGGAAGUUGAAGGAGAGGCGCCUCCUCUGCCUAUAACUCAAGCCCUUGACGCUAAGGAGAGGAGGCCCUGGGCCACCCACCUUCCCCGUUACCCAUCCCUAGACCCCUGAUGCUGGUUAGGAACUGCUCACCCCAACACAUGUCUUAAGUAAAGCAGGAUAAGGCGGAGGACGCUUGGUCAGAGGGCUACAGACUGGUGGGUUUGCCCCAGCCUGCCAGUCCUCCAUUACAAACACUGGACCUGCCAUGGCUUCUCUGGAGCUGCCAGACCCAGUUCUGGGGUUCCCAGUGAGCAAAGGUCUAUCCCCGUUCCUUUGUCUGUCUGUGAAUAAAUGUGAGUUCGUGA